AUGUCACGGCCCCAGGGUCCGGUGGCACCUGAGCUGUCAAGUAGGCAUGAUCCCCCAUACUCUAGCCCCUGGGAUGGUAUGCAUGAGAAUUUCAUUCGCACAAACAGAAGACGGGAGUCGGAGUUGGGGUUUGUCGCGGAGAACAAUCCAUUCGCUUUCUCUCCCGGUCAGCUUAGCAAGCUAUUAAACCCAAAGAGUCUUGCCGCAUUCCAUGCCUUGGGCGGACUUUCUGGGUUAGAAAAGGGUUUACGGACAAAUUUAAUGCGAGGUCUUAGCCUUGCUCAAGCAGAUUUUGAGGGCAAUGUUAGUUUUGAAAAUGAAAGUGAACCAACCUCCCAGAAUCUGGAUUCAGGCAGAUCGAGUCCCAGGUUGUCGGGAACAAGCAUUGAACCAAGCAGCACCGAUGAAGCAUAUUCGGAUCGGAAGCGAGUAUUUGGACAGAACAAGCUGCUUGAAAAGUCACCAAAGAGUUUCCUUCAUUUUGCACUGAUGGCGAUCAAUGGUAAAAUCGUGGGGCUGUUAACAAUACUAGCUCUGGCGAUCCUUGCGCUGGAGCUUUACGAUUCGACGACGGCACGUUCAACUGCUCAAUCCUAUCGGGUCGAGGGGAUGACUAUAUUCGUUGCCAUUUUAACAGUGAUGCUAGUAGGCGCCGCCCAUGAUAUACAAAAGGAACGAUACUCCUUGGAACUUACAAGAAGGAAGGAAGUCCGGUUUGUUAAGGUCAUGCGUUCUGGCAAAACGGUCUUGAUUUCUGUCUAUGACAUUUUGGUGGGUGAUGUGAUACAUCUGGAGCCUGGAGACCUUGUGCCAGUCGAUGGAAUCUUGGUCGAGGGCUACGGUUUGAAGUGCGAUGAAAGCUCUGCGACAGGAGAGUCAGACACGGCGCGCAAAACAUCUGCACAUGACGUUUCUUAUUCAGUCGAGACACAAGAGCAACCUUCGAAAAUCGACCCAUUUAUCUUAUCCGGGUCCAAGAUCAUGGAAGGCGUAGGGACCUGCCUGGUCACAGCUGUUGGGGUUCAUUCAACAUGGGGUAGGAUAAUGAUGAGUAUCCACGACGGUGAUGGCAAAAUCAAGAUCAGAAGGGAUUUCCUUGCUAGUGAGAUUCUUCGAUCUGGAAUUUCUAUUGGCCUGCUGCUUUUCAUUAUGCUCUCUGGCAUGUUGCUCGCUCAACGGAGCAACGUCAUCGACGCCAUUACGGAUGUCGCCCAAAUACUUAAGCACGUCCAAAUCGUGACUACGAAAAUACUUUCCGGGCAAGAGAAUUUCUCAAGGGUCACCACAUUUGCCUUUGAAUCAGCAAGCAGAUUCGUGACCCCAUUGAAAACCCACAAGGCCACCAAGGUCACCACUAUCAGCUCCGAUAAGACGACCACUCUGAGGAAUUAUUUGUGGAGCAAUUUUCCUGUAGCUUUUACGCUUCCUUGGAGCCAUGGAGAUGGUUUACAAAAGAUCGCCCACGGGGCAGUGUACUCUGGACCAGCCAUACAUUGCAGAUCAAGAUUCGUCCUUCCACUAAGAAUUAGCAAUACCGAAGUGGAUGCCCUGCCGGAUACUGGGGCUGAUGAAAAUGCCAUAUCGUUUGACUGUGCACGCCGCCUUGGAAUCAAAAUCGAGCGCGGUCUCGACUCUGAGAGUAGCGCCGCAUUUCGUCUCGCCAAUGGCCGGAUGGUCAAGAGCUGCGGUAUUGUAAGGAUCCCACUGUCAUUUGCUAAGGGGAACAAGAAACCCUUCAAAAGGCCAAUUUCUUUCACGGUUUUUUACGCCCUCGCUGUACCGAUGAUUCUGGGUCGGGAGUUUCUAAAAGACACGGAAACCUUGAGUCGCUAUACUAAUCGCCUAAAAAGGACGACGACUACCCUGUCAUCUUCCAUCCCCCGCAUCAUGCAUCUCAACGUGGCCAAGGAAAGGAUGCUUUGCUAUGUCAAUGGUGUCCCGGUGUACGCUAACGCCGACACGGGAGCUGAAAUGAACCUCGCAUCACCAGAGUGGGCAAAGCGGCACGGUGCAGUUAUUUCAAAGCCCGAUCCAGGUUACGAAGAAGUUAUGUUGGCGGAUCGUAGCUGUGCGCGGAUACUUGGACAGUUCAAUGCUCGCUUCCAAGUGCACGAUGAAUCCAAGCCCCGGGGGAAAAGUCGCUCUAGAGUAUCGACAAGGACAUUCUUCAUUCUUGGGGGCUUGACAUCAGAAAUUCUGUUGUGUCAAGACUUGCUAUUUGAUGUUCGCGCUUUCAAAGAGCGAAAGAAAUCUUUUGUUCUAUGCAAUGCUCCGACUUCUGGCUCGUUCUUGGAUGUCAACUUCGUCACCUGGCUUUCCAAACGAGAGAAAAGAUUUCUCGGGUUCUUUAAGGCGCACAAGGAACCGAACAAAAUUGCCGCAGCGGUCCAAAGUGAAGCAGAGUUCCGGCUAAAACUUGAUGAUGACGAUGCUCGCGAACAACACAUACAUAAACAUGCCAAGCUUGCGGUGUACCACUUUCAGGAGCCAGAGAGAUCCAGGCGUCUCGAAGCGGAAAACAAAAGACACCGCGAAUAUAUUCAAGGCAGAGAGAGAAGAGAACGCGAAUAUUAUUAUAGACUGGCAGUAGCGGCUGCACCGCAAAACACGAUCUCCAGUUGCUAG